AUGGCACACCAGCGGAGAUUGGCAGACGAAAAGGCGAGGAGCGAAAAGUUCUCGACCACGGCAGGAUUCGAACCUGCAAUCUUCUGCUCCGUAGGCAGACGCGUUAUCCAUUGCGCCACGCGGCCUACUGUGGAUGGAUAUCAUGGCACACCAACGGUGAUUAGCAGACGAAAAGGCGAGGAGCGAAAAGUUCUCGACCACGGCAGGAUUCGAACCUGCAAUCUUCUGCUCCGUAGGCAGACGCGUUAUCCAUUGCGCCACGCGGCCUACUGUGGAUGGAUAUCAUGGCAAACACCAGCGGUGAUUGGCAGACCAAAAGGCGUGGAGCGAAAAGUUCUCGACCACGGCAGGAUUCGAACCUGCAAUCUUCUGCUCCGUAGGCAGACGCGUUAUCCAUUGCGCCACGCGGCCUACUGUGGAUGGAUAUCGUGGCACACCAACGGUGAUUGGCAGGCAAAAGGCGAGGAGCGAAAAGUUCUCGACCACGGCAGGAUUCGAACCUGCAAUCUUCUGCUCCGUAGGCAGACGCGUUAUCCAUUGCGCCACGCGGCCUACUGUGGAUGGAUAUCGUGGCACUCCAACGGUGAUUAG